UCUUAUUGUUAUUAUUAUUUAUUAUUAUUAUUAUUAUCAUCAUCAUCCCUUGCAUUGAGGAUAUUUUGGGGAUAUCGACUUUGUCACAAAUUGAGAUUGAAAGAAGCGGCCCAAAAGAGAGUCCUCCUGCGGCGUUACAAGCAAGCUAACCCUGCAUCUUUCCCCCGACUAUGAGCAGCUGCGGAGAGGAGGAAGAGUUCGAGCCGUCGGCGCUGGGGACGAAAGAACACUGGGAUGCAGCAUAUGAACAAGAACUGUGCAAUUUUAAAGAAAGUGGUGAUACUGGGGACAUUUGGUUUGGUGAAGAAAGCAUGACUCGUAUAAUUAGAUGGCUAGAAAAACAGAAGAUACCUCUGGACGCUUCUGUCCUUGACAUUGGGACAGGAAAUGGGAUCUUGCUGGUUGAAUUGAGUAAAUCUGGUUAUACCAAUCUUACAGGAGUUGAUUACUCUACUUCUGCAAUACAACUUUCAAAAAAUAUAAUGCAAAAAGAAGGACUGCCUUAUAUUAAACUGCUGAUUGAAGACAUUUUAAAUCCCUCAGAUGAAUUAUCAAGUUUUCAGAUCUGCAUCGAUAAAGGAACUUUUGAUGCUAUUAGUCUGAGCCCAGAGAAUGCAGAUGUGAAAAAGAAACAGUAUGUUAAAUCCCUGCAGAGGCUAUUGAGAUCAAAUGGUUUUUUCCUCAUUACAUCUUGUAACUGGACUAAAGAAGAACUGUGCAAACAAUUUGAAGAAGGGUUUCUGCUUUUGGAGGAACUGCCAACACCAACCUUCUGUUUUAGAGGAAGAACUGGAAAUAGUGUAACUGCCUUGGUUUUACAAAAAACGUAAACUUUUUGAUAAAUUCUGGGACGAAAAUCUCCUUUUGUGAAGUUGGGAUUAGAACCCAAAGCGGGAUUAAAAAGCGAAACGCAAAUUGUAGAAACUUGACAGAUGUCUAUAUGUUUGAUUUUUAAAUUUUUAUUACAGAUGUUUUCAUAUAAUUUUUCAAGAUUAAAAUAGCAUGUUAAUUAAAUAGCACACACACACACACACUGUGAAGAAAUUCAUUAAUCAUUGUGUUUGAUGAUGCAAUUUCUUAUCACAGUUUAUUUAGAAAUGUGAUAGAUUGCUUGAGAUAACUUAUUUGAUAAUAUUUUUUUUAAAAAAAAAUGAAUUGAACCUGUGGAUUUACCUUGUUACUAAAGAAUGCAAAAAUGAUUCUAUUCCCUGAGGGAUAAAAUAAGUGUCUAUAAAACAUUUAAACAUUAAAACAUUCCUUCCAUAGUAAUAUAUGGAGCCGAGGUGACACAGUGGUUAAAUGCAGCACUGCAGGCUACUUCAGCUGACUGCAGUUCUGCAGUUCGGCUGU